AUGGCGGGAACAUGGCCGCGAUAUUAGAACUCCUCUUAAAUAGAGAACUUACCUGGCGCUGUAGUUUUCUGGUUGAAGAACCGAACGAACCUUAAAAAUGUUCCAGACCAGUUGAAGGAUUAUUCAAAGCUUGACCAAGAAUUUGUGCCAUUUUUCUUGAAUUAUCUUCGUGAUCAAACUCUCCACCUCCUUCAAUCAAACCGCUCUGCUAAUCCAUCACCAGCCAAAACUCCCUCAGCUCAAAAACUGAAAAAGGCUGUCCACUUACGAAAGGAAGAUGGAGGUAAAAGAGUGCAAUUGUUUGGAUCAAGCCCUGGUGAUGGUUUAGAGGAUAUUCGUGAUACUUCAGUAUCUGUCUUUUCUCCUAAUGUUUCUGUUGACUCACCUGGAGUUUGGAAAAAUUCCAACACGCCAUCAUCAGCUGAGAGAUCUGGGCGUGGCAGAGGAAAUAGAACCCCUGGUAAUAGAGACCAGCGACAUUCACCACAUCGUGGCAGCAGGCAGCUAAAUGCAACACCAGAUAGUCAUGGACAACGAGCCAAACAACGAUUCAGUCUGGGAGAAUUUAUUGUCUCACCAGAUGUUGACGUCAAUCAAAAUUCUAGGAAGAACUCUCCUUACUCCGCUGGACGGAAGGACCACUCUAUUGACAACUCACCUUCUCCUUUGUUGAUCAACAGCGGGAAGCGAUCCAGUGGAAAAAAACGUCACUCUGCUAAUAGAACAGACUUGACAAAACUAUCUCCAGCACCAGUGUUCAGUCUAAACAGUAUAAAUGACUUCCCACCAAUGGGAGGGGACUUUGAAGGUUCCACCAGAAAACAAGACCAGAGGGAAGAUUCAGUACUGUGUACACCCUAUAUGAAAAAUUCACCCAACUUUGAUGCAACACCAAGAGGUAACACAAAGCCAACUGUGAUAACAAAAUCUCGUAGAAUAAAUUUUACCACUUUAUCUGAAGAGAGCACUGACUCAACCCAGGUGCCCUCUCGUCGCAUCAAACCCACCCCAAUACAGGGAAGCAAGGCAUGGCACCAGAACAAGAUUUUCCUGGACUCUUCACAAAACACAUCUGUGACCCACACUCUUGCUGAUGAAUCUAAAGGAGGGACAGACAGCAGAGGGUCCCUGACAGAGGAACGUGAACUGUUAAGACAAGAAAAAGCCAAGAGACUCCAGCAAGGCGAGCUAACUAGACUGUCGGGAUCCACAGGUGGUCCAAUGACACCUUCCAAGUUUUUGGAGCGAUCAAAUUCUGUCCUGGAGAUUACUGUUGCUGACCCUUCGUCUGUAACUUACCAAGACAAACUGGAUGUCCUGGCAGAGCUGUAUUCCUGCUGUCUAAAAGAAAACCUGCUGCCUAACCUUUCUGUGGAGAUUUACUUUCUUGUGCAGUUGAUGACAUCCCGCAGUGCUGACCUGGAGCUGGUCUCCAGUAUAAGUGGGCUUGAUGUAAUUGACACCAAUUUUUUCUGCUCUGUUCACAAUGCUGUCUACUUUGCGGUCAGAGUAUUGGAGUCACAAGUGAGUUUUCUGAAAUGUUUAGAUCGUUGUACUCUGCGACUCUUGUCAGAAAACCAGCGAAUAGCGAGCUUCUCUGCAACGCUAGUGGACUGGCUGGUCCUGGAACAUGAUCUAGGCCCAAAGGCUCUUCCUGCAUUUCCCAAGUCUCCAAUAGGAGGUGUAUCAUUCCAAGCAGAAACGGACAACCGUAAAAACUUCCCUAAUGAUGGAAGCUUUCACCUCUUUAAGAAACAACGGGACACAUUUUAUGAGCUAUUGAGAGAAUGGGAAGCUAAUCACAUGAGUUCUGGAUGGUCUGUAGCUGCCUUCCUUGGGGACAAGAUACGAGCCCUCGUAAACUACAAAACUGAGCUUGCUAACCAUGUCCACUUUGCACGACUGUUCCAGUCACAGCUUAUUACGAUGUGUAAGGGAGAUGGAAGUUUGAAGCCUGAUGGGGAAGAUGAGGAUGAUGCUCUCCUUAAUCAACUGAAAAGGACAAAUCCAGAGAAAUUUAAAAGGUUACAGGAGCGGUUCAUCAUGCCCUUGAGUGUUGGGGGACCCUGUCCUGCUCCAUCCUUCCCAGGCUGUCAAGAGUUCUUCCGUGAUUUCAUUAUGGCUGCCAGUAGUCCAGUUUUCAAUCAACACCUCACAGAUACAUUCUCAGCCAAAGUCCUAGAGUUAAACAGUGUAUCUAUUGCAUCUCAAGAGGAGACUCAGACUGAUCAGGAGGGUUCUGAGGAUGAAGAGAAGGACCAAUUUGUGUCGUGUUUGAUGACAGUCCGACUAGUGGCCAAAUUCCUGGGAUUUGUAUAUUUUCUACCAUAUCAGACUGGAUCAAGAAUCUCUGACGAGCUAAGUGCAAUGUACAUCUCUCUUCGAAGACAUUCAAUGCAAAUUGACCUUACCAGGUGUCUGAAGACAGCAUUUCUUCUUGGACGACUGACCUUGACUGUUCCAUGGGUGGUGGAAUUUUUGAGUAUGAUGGAUCAGAUAGCACCCAACCUGGAACCAAUACAGUUAGCACUGUUUGUCUUACUCUACCUACACCAGCAGACCUGGGAUUAUAAAGACUUUUCCAAUUCCUGUUAUGCAAAUCUGUUAGUGGUAACCACUAUCAGCUGGCUGUUUGAGAAUGCUGUGAUACCAGAAGGAUUUUAUUUCUCUGAGAUCCCUGAUGACAUUGCCUGUAUGAGUUCCUUACCAGAUCAACAGAAAGGCGUUUCCUUGGAUAAAAUGGGAUUUGUGGACCAGAAGUUAUAUUACACCUGUUGCCCAUAUAUGGGAGAGAUACGAACCCUACUUGUCGAGUUUUCUGUGGGUAGCAGCAGUAAAAAUUCAACGAUUAGAAAGAUCACACCCAUAUCUGCCGAUGACCGCUCUCAGCCAUCCCUAACAGAGAGACAAACACAGCUCCACCUUGAGGAGAACUUUUUCCACAACCAUCCAGCAUCAUUGAGAAGGACAGUGGACUUUGUGGCUGACAGAACAGCCUCUAACUACAUAAAAAGGUUUCGGUCAACUCUACUGUCCACCUCCAUCAAAAGGGGUAAAACUCGGCUGUCUGAUCACAUUGAAACCCAGGCAAACUCGUCUCCAACUGCCAAGGCCAAAGACAAAUUACAAUCCAUAUUACUGAAGAUUUCCCAAGAUUGUGUGCAGCAAGUGAAGGCCAUAUCUGCCAUAGAAGUUGAAAGUUAUUGUGAGAAAAAGAUAGAUGCUGCCCUCACGUUACUUCUACCAGAUGAUCAGUCCCGUGCUGUCGUCAACACUGCCACAAAGAUCUGUCUCCGUAUCACCAUGGAAAAGGUCCAGCUGUGGAUGACAAAACACAUCACCACAGCUAUGUACCAAAGUGAGCUACAGACAGAAUUGGAGCGGAUCCUCAAAGUCUGCCUGUUGACACAACAGAAGCAGAACGAGGUUACGGAGACUGGUCACCCUGGCAAUACUGUAGUCCUAGAAACAGAGGGAUGUAUGGAUGUUUUGGCUAAGGAACAUGAUGAGAGUGUCCCAAGUCCUUCUGAUGUUCUUAUAGAAAUAAAGCAAGUAGUAAGAGACGUUGCCUUUGGACAUGUGAUGCCUGGGGAGGAAAAAAUAAAUUCUGUGAUAUCCCAAGUACAAGCUGUGAUGAAGAAGAGACAGGAUGUUCUUCAUGGCGUGUAUGUUGCUUAUGGACAACUGGUCAUGGACCUGUGUCAGGCCUUAGUGCAGCGUUGUCCAGACCAGUGGUCAAACAACAAGCUGGAAGUGUUCCAUAUCCUGUGGAGAACAGAUCUAGAGAAGUACACACCACUGCAAGGUUUUCUCUGUCCGCGAGUCGUUUUCCAGAUGAACAGAUGCAAUAAUCCACAGUUGACAUGGACAGUAUACAGCCAUGUGUUGAUUCAUUUAUUACAUCAGGGCCUGCUGUCUUGUGAACAGCUUUGUAAGAUGUGUCGGAAUACUUUGCAGGCCAUACAGGAUGAUGUGUCACAUCUUGGCUGGUGUAUAUGUGAGGUGGUAGAUCACAUCCGUCUCCAAGGACUCUGUGUGUCCCAUUUUAUAGAUAUAUUGGAUUGGUUGUUCCAGCUAGCCAGCAUCAAUUCUUCACUAGCCAAGCGCAUCACAAGAACAAUAAACCAGGCACGUCCAGAGGAAGUUGUAUACCAAAAACUUCCUGAUAUACCACUGGAGUGUCUAGGACGAUCUGUAGCCUCUUGCACAGAUUUAGAUUUGCCCAUAGAGUGUCAGAAACAGCUUAUAGUCCAGUCAACACCAAGUGUACCUUCAAAUUUUUCAGGCCAGCCAAUAACUCGCAGUGAUUUCAGUAUACCUUCAGAGAGACCAGAUUGUCCAGACCAGACAAUAGCUCACAGAGAUUUAAGUGUACCUUCAGAAAGACCAGAUUGUCUGGGUAAGCCAAUAGCCCACAGAGAUUUAAGUGUACCUUCAGAGAGACCAGAUUGUCUGGGUCAGCCAAUAGCCCACAGAGAUUUAAUUGUAACUUCAGAGUGUCAAGAAUUGCUUGUUGUCCACCUAGAUCCAUUUAUAGCAGAGCCUAUAUCCCACACAGAUACAAAAAUUCUUUGCACAUUGUAUGGAGAAACUUUUCAACAGCCUGCUGCCAACAUUGUUCAGAAAAAUGAUAUAAAUCAAAACGAUGCAAAUGAGCUAAACAUUACUAAUAGGACAGAAGAAAUCAACCUAGCUGAUCAUUACAGCUGCACAGAUAGCUCAGUAAGUUGAGAGUUGACAAGGGAUAAUUAGGACAGUUCAUUCUCUCAACUAGCUGCCUUAAAACUUUUUACGCACUUGAAAGAUCAGAUGUUCAGAAUAAUCUGUAAGCAGUAUGGUUUGAUUAGUUUUACCUCUACUUGAAACCAGCAUAGAUAACACCAACAAUCUAAUGCCAUGCUUCAAUCUCCAGCACCCAUGUUAACUUCCUGUCACAUGAGCAGAAGCAGAAAAAAUUGAUCUCCCAACACUUCGGAUUUACAAAAAAUAUUACACCUAAGUAUUGUGUAUAUAUUAGAAUAAAAAUUAAGCCUGAUUAAUCUUUGACCUGUUCACUUUUGAAUUGGCAAAAAUUGUUUUGAGAUUAUAUAACAAAAUCAUACCUGGGAGUAAACUUCUACAGUGUCCGAUGUACUGUAGAGUAUACAUUCAGGAAUAUAUCAUAUUAUUGUAAAAUAAGAAUGUUGGGAUUGUGUAAUAUAUUACAUUAAACCAGCUCUAAAUUGGUUCUUUGUUAUUGUGACUAUGUAUUA